AUGUUUUUAAUACAAAGAUAUCCAUUUUUAAUAAGAAAAUUUUCAACAUCUUUAAAACAAAAAAUGCGUGUAAUUCCAAUACCUGCAAAUGCUGAUAAUUACCAAUAUUUAAUUAUUGAUUCAAAAAGUAGUAAAGGGGCAAUUGUUGAUCCGGUUGAUGUUGAUGGAUUCUUCAAUGUCAUUAAAAAGGAAAACGCAGAUUUGUUUAUGGCACUAGUGACACAUCAUCAUUGGGACCAUGCUGGGGGUACAGAAGAAUUAAAAUCAAAAAAGUCAGACGUUAAAAUUUAUGGUGGUGAUGCAAAAAGAAUUAAAUCUAUCGAUUAUGUUGUGGAAGACAAUGAAGAAAGUGAAUUUGGAAAUUUAAAGAUACGUGCCUUGAAAACACCUUGUCAUACAUCGACACAUAUUUGUUAUUACGUUACUGAUGAGGCUGAAAAUCAAAAAUGUGUUUUUACUGGUGAUACUUUAUUUAUUGGUGGAUGUGGAAGGUUUUUUGAAGGGACGGCAGAGGAAAUGAAUUAUGCUUUGAAUGAAAAACUUGGAAAAUUGCCUGAUGACACGAAAGUUUAUUGUGGACAUGAAUAUACAAUUAAAAAUCUUGAAUUUGCAUCGAGUGUAGAACCAAACAAUCCAAAUAUUUUAUCAAAAUUGGAGUGGGCCAAAAAUUUAAGAAAACAAAAUGGAUUUACUGUUCCAUCAACAAUUGGGGAAGAAAAGACAUUUAAUCCUUUUAUGCGUGUCAACAAUGUUGGAAUUCAAGAAAAAUUGGGUACUCUGAAUGACCCAAUUGCUACAAUGCAAAAAUUGAGGGAUUUGAAGAAUAAAUUUUGAUAGAAAAAGGAACGUUUAUUUAUUUUUAGAGGACAAAAAAAGAUUUUAUUUUUUAUUUUGAAAAAAUUUGGAGAAAUUUUUUUAUUUUUUUAUUUCCGAAGCUGUUGACUAACAAGUUUUUUUAACUUAAAAUAUAUUUCAGAAUUUCUUGUUUUUUUUUUAAUUUUCUUUUUUUUACUAAAAUUUCAUUCAUUAAAAUGGGAUCUCAUCAAUUCUUCAAUGAAAAUCUCGAUGGCCAUCAAACAUAUUUUCCAAUUUCACAACAACGUCUAUUAUCUUCACUUCCAUCAAUUAAAAAUA